CUCCCUUUUCAUUCAUGAGGUGAAACUGCUCUCCUGGCUGACUCCACUCGCUCUGUUCAGCAUGGAGGCGGUGGCUCUUUUCUCUUUCACAGCAUCAGAAGCAGACGAGAUCAGUUUUCAGAAAGGGGACAUUAUCAAGGUGACAGAAAUGGAGGAUGAUUCUUGCUGGUUAACAGCAGAAAUCCAGGGGAAGCGUGGCUACGUGCCCAAAAACUACAUUUCCCUCCUUCCUCAUCCAUGGUUUGCAGGGCGGGUGUCGAGACUUGAGGCUGAGCAGCGUCUCCGCUGGCAGGACACCGGAGUGUUCCUGGUGAGGGAGAGCGAAUCGGCUCCCGGAGAGUUUUCUGUCUCUGUCAGCUACGGUGACAGGGUGGAGCAUUUCCGAGUCCUGGAGGGGGGUGGUCAGUACUGCAUCUGGGACGAGUCGUUUUGCUCCCUCAACCGUUUGGUGGAUUUCUACAGAACUCACAGCAUCGGCGUGGAGAAAGUGGUCUGUCUCAGAGACCCUCCCUCAUCCCCACGCCUGCUGCCCCACCCUGGAUGUAACCCCUAUCCUAACCCUUAUAAAAGCAGCUCUCAGGAGUCCCUCCCCUCACCCCGCCUCUGCUCUCACCCCUCUAACCCGGAGAGAGAAACCUGCCCACAUUUGCUGGAACAGGUUUUAGUGAAACCUCGUCUGGCUCACGCCCUCUGUGACUACACCCCCCCUCAAACUGCCCACCUCCACUUCCUGCGCGGCGAUAUCGUUGACCUGCUGGACUGCUCUGGUUCGCUGACCUGGAGAGGGCGCUGUCGAGGCCGAGUAGGCAUCUUUCCGCCAGAAUGCGUCCAACCGCUGUUCCACUGACACCGUAUCGAACUAAACACCCCUCAGUACCACGGCCGUAUCGCUUACCCACCAGGCUGUACUGACUCACCUUACAUAUCCAAUGACUGAGCUAGAGCUGAAACAAUUGGUCCAAUAAUCGAUCAAUUGACAGCAAUUUUCAUUAUUGAUCAAAUGCCCUGAAAACUCAUUUUCCUCAAUCAGCUUCUUACUAUGAGCUAUGGGUUCCUACUUGUGGACAGUAUUUUCAGCCAAAGUUGGUACAGAUUUGAUUAUUUACCAUGAGAAAUUUCUUUAUCUCUGUAAAAACGAUAUCACGUACCUGUACGUCUAUGUGGUAACACUUAAAUUUAAAUCCCCCCUUUUAUCAUUUAUAAGCAGCGGACAAACAUUUAAUAAAUCCUUUACAACACACUAUGAUGGAGUUGUAAGUGUUGGCAGACGCGGAGACUGCUGUGUGAAUAGAUAAGGAAUGACAGUAUUGUAAAACACAGUUGUAAUGAUAUAAGAUAAGUCUUAAUAGGAGAAAUUAUAACUGCUGACAAAUUAAUAUAAAGGUAUAAAUGUCCUUUAUAGUUGUGUACAACUAUGUCAUAGUACCGUAUUAACCAUUUAUUAAAGUUUAUAUAGUGCUUAUAAAUUCUUAAUAUGGGGACUUAAAGUAUACCUUACCUAUAUGGAUAUUUACGUGUCGUUCUUUAUCGUUCUUUAUGACUUAAAAGUGAAGUUUAACUUUGUGCUCACUUUGUUUUACCAUCUUGUCCAUGACCCUAACCUCCUCUAUAGCAAACUGCACAGAAGCCAAAUAAAGAGUGAUAUUUUCUGGUUAUAAAUACUG